CCUGCUAUAAUUUUACCUACAAUUGCUAACCUUAAUAAAACAAAAUCUGUAAAUAAUUAUAUUAAUAUUGAUGAUAAAGUAUCUGCUAAAGAGAAAUUAUCAUUACAAGAAAUUGUUGAUUAUUGA